CUUCCUGGACCAAACACACGUGGAUUUCACUGACGCCACUCACAAACAACAAUAACAUGGCCAGCCAGGGACUCUCCUACGACGGCUGCAAUCUCUUCCGACAGCGGCUGGUGCUGUCCACGCUCAGCGGGAAGCGGGUGAAGAUUAAGAACAUCAGGAGCAGAGACGACAACCCGGGGCUGCGCGAUUUUGAGGCCAGUUUCAUCAGACUGCUGGACAAAGUGACGAAUGGAUCCAGAAUAGAAAUUAACCAAACAGGCACCGUGUUAUUCUACCAGCCUGGCCUGUUGUACGGAGGCUCUGUGGAACAUGACUGCAGCCCUCAGCGUUCGAUAGGCUACUACCUGGAGGCUCUGCUCAUGCUGGCUCCGUUCAUGAAGACGUCCCUGAAGGCCACGCUGAAGGGCGUCACCAACGACCCCAUGGACCCAACGGUCGACCUGCUCAAGUCCACGGCUCUCCCUCUGAUGAAGAAGUUUGGCAUCGAUGGAGAAGGCUUUGAUCUCAAGGUGGUGAAGAGGGGGAUGGCACCCGGCGGGGGAGGAGAGGUGGUCUUCACGUGUCCGGUCCGAAAGAGCAUCAAGCCGGUCCAGCUCACGGAGGCCGGCAAGAUCAAGAGGAUCAGAGGAGUAGCAUAUUCUGUCCGAGUUUCUCCUCAGAUGGCCAACAGGAUUGUGGACUCAGCCAGGAGCGUCCUCAACCAGUUCCUCCCAGACAUCUAUAUCUACACCGACCACAUGAAAGGAGCAAACUCUGGCAAGUCUCCAGGUUUUGGUCUGACGCUGGUGGCAGAGACGCUGAACGGCUGCUUCCUCAGUGCAGAGAUGUCGUCCACGCCGCAGGGGCAGGGAGACCCCGUGCUGCCGGAGGACCUCGGUAGAAAUUGUGCCAAGCUGCUUUUGGAGGAAGUUUAUCGGGGCGGCUGCGUGGAUUCGUCCAAUCAGAGCCUGGCGCUGCUCCUGAUGACCCUUGGCCAGCAGGAUGUGUCGAAGGUUCUGCUCGGACCCCUCUCCCCGUACACGAUCGAGUUCCUCAGACACAUUAGAGAUUUCUUCCAGAUUAUGUUCAAGAUCGAGGUGCAGAAGCCGCCAGAAGACGAGAGGAAAGGAGGCGACAAAGUCCUGAUGACCUGUUUAGGAGUCGGGUACAGCAACAUCAACAAAACCCUGAAAUAAAUGUAUUUUUAUAUAAACGUC